AUGCGGACAGAUAUCGAAUCCUGCGAGCCCGUUCGGAUGGCCUACCACUCCAGCUUCAACGCCACACCCUCGCAGCUGGCCUGCGGCUGCCCCAUCCUGAGCCUGAGGGGCCGGGCGCGCGGCCCCGCGGGGCCCACCGCCGAUCCCGACAUCGUGGACGAGGCGCUCCACCUCUUCCGGCCCAACGUGUUCUUCAAGUCCUUCGAGGUGCAGGGCCCGGCGGAUAGGCUGCUGGUCUACCUGUCGAUGCACAUCGCAGCCUGCCUGGAGAGGCUGCUUGACGCAAAGGGAGGCAAGGAGGAAGCCGGGCGGAUGUUGUUCAUGCUGGCCCACGAAACUGUCCGGGUCCCAGGGGAGGCGGGCUUCGGCCUGUCCGGCCUCAUGGCGCCUCCCACUGAGAAGGCGGAGCAAGGUCGGCGAGACACUGGGUGGAGGCGGAGCCCACAGCUAGAUAAAAGUGGCGCAAACGAACCUGAUGCGUGCAAUGCACUUAAUGAAAUGUAG